UAUAUAGUAAAAAUCUAUGAAUGAAGAGAAAAAUAUUAUCAUAAAAGAAAUGAAGGAAGGAGGGUAUUCUAUAUUUCAUCAAGAGUAUAUAAUCAUGGCAGAAUAUCGCAUGCUGCAAACAGAAAAUUUACCAGGAAUCUACGUCAUACCGUCGCAUGAGAACUCAUUCUUGUGGUAUGGUGUAAUAUUUGUGAGAUCUGGAACAUAUGGAGGUGGAGUUUUUAGGUUUACUUUAACUUUACCUGAGAAAUUUCCAGAUGAUACAGUGCCUACUAUUACUUUUACAUCACAAAUGUUUCACCCAGCAAUAGAUGCAUCGACUGGGGUUCUCAGACUGAAUGAAGUAUUUCCACAAUGGGAUAGAAAACAAAAUCAUAUUUGGCAGAUAUUAAAAUAUUUACAUUGGAUAUUUCACAAUUUAAAUAUGAAGGUACCAGCCAAUAAUGAGGCUUCUUCGCUUUACAAAACAAACAGAAAAUUAUUUAUAGAUAAGGUAAAAGAAAGUAUAGCAUCAAGUAUGGAACACAUAUAUGACGAAGCUCCCACUGAUGACAAACAUUACAUAACAUUUAAACCUUAUGAUCCAAACAUCCAUGAUUCAGCUAAAAACAUGAUGUUAAAAGUGCCCGGUGGAAAUGAAAGUUCACAUGGUGUUUCAUGGGUUCAAUCUGGGUCCUAUCAAUCCUUUUCAAAGGAAGAUAAUGCAUAGCAGAUAUAGAAUGUAUACUUGAUAUUAUAUUAACAAAUCACAAACUUAAAAUAUAGCCAUAAUAUGACAAAACUGUGAUAAAAAAUAUUUUAAAUAUUUCAUUAAAUUAAUGUUGUUCACAAUUGAUAAUGAUUCUGAGCUUGUGUGUACAAUUAUUAUUAUUACAAUGAGUGACUAAUAGCUAGUAAAUUUAGUUCUAUGGUUUUUAAAUUUUCAAAUUAAAAAGCUAUAAGACGAUCCUAAUUGCAAUUAUAUUGUGUUUAAUAACACAUAUUGGAUAUUGUUGUAGUAUUCACAUGGUUUAUUAUUAUAAGCAAGAUUGAAUUUA